CCUUUCUGUCCCUGCGCCUCUCCCUCCUUCAACCUCUCGCCAUCUCCUCCUAUCCCUUGGUUCCUCGUGGUUGGAUUCACAGUACUCGAUCCAUCAUCACUCCAAGAACCGGUCCUCUACUCUCCCCCAGACCGUCAACAUGUCUCGAAAUUUCAUAGAGGACACAGCCGAAGUGGAUGAUGAUGAAAACGAAGAUUCCUUCGAUGAAGAAACUGGCGAAGUGCGCGAACAUUCCAACAGAGACAGGAAACACUUUGAUGAUUCCUCAGAAGACGACGAUGACGAUGACGACGAGGAGGCAGCUGCAGAGGUCGCCGAAGGCUUCAUUGUCGACGAAGACGAAGACGAAGACGAUGUUGCCAGGCGCGAGAGAAAACGCGAACGCCGGAAACGACGACGAGAAGAACGUGAUCGAGAAGACGAAAACCUCGACGAAGAAGAUCUCGAACUCAUCGGUCUAAAACCCGCCGAAGAUACGACAGAGCCCAAAUUCAAGCGCCUCAAGCGAGGUCCAAGAGAAGAUCGUGAGACAAAACGCUCAUAUGGCCUCAAUGAUAUGUUCCGCGACAAUUCAGACGAAGAGGACGAUGUCAUCGAGUACAGACGCGCCGAGAGAACCGACCGAAGAGGCGCUCAGGACGAAUUCGAUGAUUUCAUCGAAGAAGAUGUUUUCUCGGACGACGAACAUCAACGCCAGCGCGAGGAUGAAGAGGUCGCCCGAUCCACACGACGUGGCCUUCCCGAUCUAGGCAUCGCCGAUGCUGCCGGCCUUGACGAAGCCGCCCUCGAAGACUUCCGAGCCGCUUUUGGUGACGGCACCGACUACGACUUCGCUCUCGAGAAGGAAUUAGAAGCUGAUGAAGAGGAGGCUCAGAAGGACAAACAUCUCGACCUGAAAGACGUCUUCGAGCCCUCUCAGCUCGCAGAGCGCUUGUUGACGGAUGAGGACAACCUCAUCAGGUUUACCGACGAACCGGAGCGCCAUCAGAUUGCCCGCAAACCUUACAAGCACGUCGAGCUCACGGAUGAAGAAUUCAAGGAAGAGUCCUCCUGGAUCUCGAAGCUCAUGCUGCCUGCGAAACAAUUCCCAUCGGAGCUCCAUGAACCAUUUAAACAAGCUGUGGCACAGGUUUUGGAAUUCAUGGUCAGAGAUGAUUUCGAACCACCAUUCAUCCUGUCAAACCGCAAAGAUUAUCUACUCCAUGUCGUUCAGAGAGUGGUUGGCAGAGAUGAUGAUCGCCGCACCACAUCCGAGGCCACCAGACUCCUCCAGCAACGGGAUCUUUGGCAGAUAUUUGAACAAGACCUCAAAUUUCGAGCCCUAAUCGAAAAGCGACAAGCCAUGAGAAAACUCUAUGGAGACCUGCGAUCCGCAAAUGUACAGGAAGAUCAGACCUUUGAAGAGAUGUUGCCUUUGGCGGCGACCAUGGAAGAAUUGCAGGAUCUACAAGACUACCUGCAUUUCCAGUAUGGAUCCCAGCUUAAAGAUCUCGCAUUGACCUCGAAUGGCGAGACCAACGGGAUCAACAUGUCUCAAAAGAAAGCAUCCACUCGGUCUGUCUUUGAGGAGAUCCGGGCUGCAAAGGCCUAUGGGCUUGUUCGCGGGUUUGGAAUUACAGCAGACGCUUUUGCGCAGAAUGCUUCCCGUGAAGGCGUGAGGACGUAUACGGAAGAUCCCACCGACAAUCCCGAGAGCAUGGCAGACUCCAUGGUCGACGACGAAUUCUCCACAGGAACUCAAGUGCUCAAAGCUGGACGGUCGAUGUUCAUCGAAGAACUCGUCACCAGCCCCAGAUUCCGAGGCCUCAUCAGAAAGAAUGUCUACAUUCAAGGCGUCAUUGACUGCCAUCGUACGGAAAAGGGCCUGAGAAAAAUUGAUGAGCAGCACCCAUACUACGAAUUCAAAUACUUACGGAACCAGGACUUUGGAAGCUUUUUCCAGCAGCCAGAACUUUUCCUGAAAAUGCUCAAAGCCGAGGAAGAGGGCCUGAUCGAGAUCCGAGUUCGACUCCAGGCGAUUGAUACAUACAAGAAGCAGCUGUAUAAGCACAUUGAGACAGACAACUAUUCCACCAUCGCAGACGCUUGGAAUGCUGAACGCCGAGACGCCGUUUCAAUUGCCGUCGACCGCGUCAUGAAACUCAUGGCACGAUUGGUCAAAGAAAAUCUCAAGGAGCAAUGUGAAAAUAACAUUGGUAAUGAAUGCCGGGAAGAGUUCAACCAACGUCUUGACCAGGCUCCGUAUCAACCACGCGGGAUGAAGAAGGGUACCACACCUCGUGUGCUAACUCUAAGCAAUGGAGGUGGCACACCGGGGCGCGACUAUGUCUUCUGGGCGUACGUUAAUGACGAUGGCAGAGUCUUAGAACAUGGUCGAUACAAAGACCUUAGUCCCGGGGAUAGUGAAAAGGGCAUUGCCGAUGGCAAAAAUGUUGCGGAACUCGUCGAAGUCAUCCGCCGCCGAGAGCCUGAAAUUAUUGGAGUGUCAGGCUGGUGUCCCGAUGUCCGCAAGCUUCACUCCAACAUCGUGGCCUUGGUCAAGAACCAUGAUCUCCGUGGACCUGUCUACACCACUGAGGACGACCGCGACGAGAGUGAUUUGCUCGAAGUCCUCAUUGUCAAUGACGAGGUUGCGCGAAUGUACCAGAACAGCGACCGAGCCAAAACCGAUCACCCAGGGUUUCCAACACUAGCGCUAUACUGCGUUGCUCUGGCUCGAUACAUACAAGAUCCACUCAAGGAGUAUGCCGCUGUUGGUCGCGACCUUGUUUCUGUCAACUUCCACCCUGGGCAGAACCUCCUUCCCCAAGAGAAACUUUGGAGAAAGCUAGAGAUGGCCUUGGUUGACAAUGUCAACAUGGUUGGUGUUGAUGUUAAUGAAGCAACAAGUGAUCCAGCCAUUGCUAACCUCCUGCCCUACGUCUGUGGCCUAGGUCCACGUAAAGCCUCCCAUCUGUUGAAGGUCAUGAACCUCAAUGGUGGAUCAAUCUCCACCAGAGAAGAUCUACUAGGCCUCAACGAUGCUCACCAGGCGAUGGGGUUGAAGGUAUGGAACAACGCCGCGGCUACGCUCUAUAUCGAAUUCGACAAGCAAGAGCCCACAUCAGAAUACCUUGACGGAACACGUAUCCAUCCUGAAGACUACGAUAUUGCACGGAAAAUGGCUGCUGAUGCGCUGGAGUUGGACGAGGAGGACAUUGAGGCGGAACGCCAGGAGGGCGGGUCGGCUGCAAUUGUUCGCCGCUUGAUCAAUGAGGAUGCACAAGAUCGCGUCAACGAUCUUGUUCUGGAGGAAUAUGCCGAACAGUUGGAGACCAACUUGAAUUCCAAGAAGAGGUCGACGCUCGAAACAAUCCGCGCUGAACUCAUCGAACCCUACGAAGAACUUCGAAACUCAUUCCGCAGCAAUCUUGGGGAGUCUGAAAUCUUUACGAUGCUCACGGGCGAAACCCGGGAUUCUCUCCAACGAGGAAUGAACGUCCCUGUGGUUCUCAAACGAGUGACUGAUAAUUUUGUGGAGGGCAAGCUGGACUCUGGCCUGGAUGCCGUCAUCGACACGGAGCAGUUUGUGGAAAGUGGCAUAUCGCCCAAGCAACUGUACACGAUUCACCAAGCGGUACAGGGACAUAUCACGUCUAUCAACCGAAAGGACUUUAGCGUCAUGGUGAGCUUACGAGAAGAUGACAUCAAGACGCCCUUCCAAAGAUCCAACCACCAUGAACGCAACUACGAUGAAUGGGACGACCGCGAGGAGGCGGCGGAUAAGAAACUGCUCCAGGAAAAGAGUGAGUCAGGCAACCGAGUUACGCGGGUGAUCAAACAUCGAUUCUUCCGACCAUUCAACUCCAAGCAGGCCGAGGAGUAUCUGGGCAGUCAGAAUCGGGGUGAUGUGGUAAUUCGACCAUCGUCCAAAGGUUCAGAUCACUUGGCUGUGACAUGGAAAGUGGCGGACGGCAUCUUCCAGCAUAUCGACGUGCUCGAGCUGGACAAGGAGAACGAGUUUGCUCUAGGCAAGACGUUGCGAGUUGGAGGCCGUUACAAUUACUCGGAUCUCGAUGAGUUGAUCGCUCUACACGUGGAGAAUAUGGCGAAAAAGGUGGAUGAAAUGACUGGUCACGAAAAGUUCCAGGACAAGUCGAAAUCAGCGCUCGAGGAGUGGCUGACCACGUACACCAACGCCAAUCCCAAGCGAUCCAUGUACCAAUUCUGCCUCAACCGCGAACGACCAGGCUCAUUCCACCUGGUUUUCAAAGCUGGCCAAAAUGCGAAGCUGCAAGACUGGCCAGUCAAGGUGAUUCCAUCAGGAUUUGAACUGAUGAGACAACCAUACCCUACAAUGCGGGAUCUAUGUAAUGGUUUCAAGUUGAUUUUCCAAAACAUGCAACAGUCGCAUGCCAUCACUAGUCGCGGUGGUAGGAGAUGAAAAGGAGAGGGCAUAGGGCCAAACCACCAUGUACUCUUAGUUUGAGGCAGACCAGACCGUUUACAUUCUACGUUUUCGGUAUCAAGGUCAUGAAGAAUUGGAUUGAUAACACAGACAAUUUAGUCUCAAUGGGAAAUAUGGUGAUGAGUAGUCUUAUGGUCGCCUGUGCAUGUCUCGAGUACCAUGCCCAUCACUACACAAUGAGCCGGUCAUGACACACGAUGUAGAAGGAAAGAUAUAUCAUUCUUAUAUCUAUA